AUGGUAGCCGUCCGCAUCUACGGGUUCCAGAAAGAACACCUCGAUAUCCCCGCUCACCUCGAAACAAUCAUACCAGCAGAGCUCCGCACUGCAUUCUAUCGCGCAAAAUACAUAGCCGGACAAACCUUUCGACAGUUAGAAUAUCUCGAAAUACGCCAGGCAAAUCGCUACCAGGCAAUGUGCCCUCCCACGAGCAUAAACUACUACAACCAUCAAAUGUCUGUGUUACGUCUUUUCAGCUGGCGCCAUGAUUACCACUGGAGAAAUCCAACUCUUGCUCCAACCGAGAAGCUCGAUCCAGCCAUCCUUUGCUUCCACAUAGACCAGUCUGCGUAUCAGAGCUAUCAAACAAUCUUCACCAAAUACCAAGAAACGUUCAUGUCUGGUCAUUUCCUGGCGUGGCAUAAUAUAAAGCGCGCCGUGGAUGCAACAGUUGCUAAGUCUAAGCUUAACGAUGUGGAAAAACGAAUGUGGAAUCAGUUCUGGCACACCAACUUUCUGGGCGAGAUGCAGAAAUGGGAGUUUCGGGCUAUGGCCCUUGCUAUCCCGUCUUGGGAGGAGAUCGUCGACGAGCUCUACAAUGCGAUCUUGGAAUGUGUCAAGGGAGCAGAGGAUACGCUGGCCAAUGCUGCUCAUGGUAUUCCUGGCAAACGCGUCCUUUGA